AUGUCACAAUACGUGACAGAUCUUCCGAAAACCUUUGUCCUUUGCUUCGAUGGCACUGGAAACAAAUUUUCUGGUGAUGAAUCUGACAGCAAUGUUCUCAAAAUUUUUCGCACACUGGAUAGAAACCAAGGACAACAAUUCCACUAUUAUCAGCCUGGGAUUGGUACUUAUAUAACAUCAACAAAGGUGCCAAAUCAUACGGGUCCAUUUUCGCGCAUUAAGCGCAGCUGGAUAAAAGCAAAAGACGUAGCCAUCGGCUUCUCCUUCGAUCACCAUGUACUGGCUGGAUACCAGUUUCUCAUGCGAUACUACUCCCCCGGCGAUGAAAUUUACUUUUUCGGAUUUAGCCGUGGGGCGUAUAUUGCUCGCUUUCUUGCCGAGAUGCUCGACUAUAUUGGCCUCCUAACUAUUGGAAAUGAAGAGCUUGUCCAAUUUGCCUGGAAGACCUUUUCAGAAUGGCAACGACGGACUGGGAAUAGCGCCGAAGACAUACAGAAAAGAAGAGAUCUUUUCAAAUUUAUGAAAGCCUUCAGAGAGACAUUUAGCCGUCCUAUCCAGCGAAUACGGUUUUUAGGGCUAUUUGAUACCGUGAAUAGUGUUCCGAAGUUCGAGUCUCCGUGGAUGUCUCGAAAUAGAUUUCCCUAUACUGCUAGGAGCUCAGCCAAGGUUAUCAGGCAUGCGGUGGGUAUUGAUGAAAGGCGUGCCAAAUUCCGCCAAGAUUUAAUCUCUCAAGAUCGCCCGUUCAGGAGGGCAAAGGCUAUACACCGUCGAUUCUCCUUUAUCCCACAUAGCAGGGUACACGAUGACAGAGCACAGGCUGCGGUUGCAGAAACGAUUGCUGAAGAAACUAAAUCACAAGAAGAAAAUAAUGGCACCAAAAUUUCGGACGAGAUUAAUGGUGAAUCGCCAAGUCGUUCUCCAGCUGGAGGCUGGACCCAACCUCUUGAAGAAAACCGUUACCGUCCAUGCCAGCCUCGUCGCUCACCCCCGAAUCUUAGACUGUUGGUCCCGGACAACCGUAAUGUUUCGGUCGAAGGAAGCUCCCUGGACAGCAUCCCUCAUAUUCCAAUACAAGUUCCGCAGGCAACCGAUAACAGGUCUGUUGCAUCAGAUCAGACUGUUCAGGAUAUCCAGGAGGUCUGGUUUCCUGGCUGCCAUGCCGAUAUCGGUGGAGGCUGGGCACUUCUACCCGGGGAGAAGUGGCCACUUAGCCAUGCGCCGCUUGUAUGGAUGAUCCAUGAAGCGCAACGCGCUGGUUUACAAUUUGACGAGCGCAAACUCAAAAAAUUCGAAUGCGCCGUAGAAUAUGAAGGCGAUUAUUCACCAAUUGACAAAUCGUGGAAUUUUGAUCAGGGACAAUGGCCAGAUCAGCCAGACAUUGUAAUCGACAGAGUAGAUAGUGAGGGAUUCCAAGAGACACCCAAAGAUAGCCCUUUAAAAUCUGCAUCAUCUAUAAGCUUCUACGAGGCGCUCCAAUACUCCGGGACCCAAGGCCGCAUUCAUGACAGUUUGGCAUUUAACUCUGGCCUGCCAGCCACGUCAGUCAUCGCGUGGAGAAUAAUGGAGUACCUCCCCUUUAAGAGGAUGGAUCUGCAGGAGGACGGCUCAUGGGCACCCAUCCGCUGGCCUCUUCCGCGUGGUGAAGUCCGCGACAUUCCUUUGAAUGCAAAAAUCCAUACCAGCGCCAUACAGCGGUUAAGAGCAAAUAAAACCUAUCGUCCCGGUAAUUUGAUCAUUGGUGGUGGCGGUCGUGGAGUUAAAAAAGCUCCAGAGUUCUUGGGCAUAGGGGACUGGGUUGUUUCUAGCAACGAAGGUGACCCAGUGAGGGAAACUUUUGUGAGGGUGAAUAUAUCGAAAAACGAGUGCCAAAGGAACGGGACGCACAAGAAAUGGGCGCAGAAAAAUGAAAUACAGAAAGAUGGAACUCAGAAAAAUGGGACUUAA